GCGCGUCCUGUGUGGAGACGUCCCUCCGGGCCUCCUCUGCUCCCCCUGGGAGGCAGCCCCUGCCCUGGGGGGAGGCACAAGUACCUUGAAGCGGCCUGGACACUCCUCCCUGCCGUGUAGUCCCAGGGCCCACGAGUGUCCCCGGCGCCCUCUCCAGGCCUCGGGGUCUUUGGAGGCCUUUAGACAGGGCAGCGUCGGGGACAGGAGGGGUCACUCACAAGCUGGGCCUCACGUCCUGGAACUGACCCUGCCAGGCCCGAGUGCCAGGCCUGGACGGGGACACUGCUCCUGGGCACGUGCCUGCUGUACUGCGCCCGCGUCACCAUGCCCAUCUGCGCCGUCUCCAUGAGCCAAGACUUCGGCUGGGACAAGAAGGAGGCCGGCAUUGUGCUCAGCAGCUUCUUCUGGGGCUACUGCCUGACACAGAUCGUGGGCGGCCACCUGGGGGACCGGAUCGGGGGUGAGAAGGUCAUCCUGCUGUCAGCUUCUGCCUGGGGCUUCAUCACCGCUGCCACCCCGCUGCUUGCCCACCUGGGCAGUGCCCAGCUGGUUUUCAUGACCUUCUCACGCAUCCUCACAGGCUUGCUCCAAGGGGUUUACUUCCCUGCGCUGACCAGCCUGCUCUCACAGAAGGUUCGGGAGAGUGAGCGUGCCUUCACAUACAGCACCGUGGGGGCUGGCUCCCAGUUUGGGACGCUGGUGACAGGAGCCGUGGGCUCCCUGCUCCUGGAUUGGUAUGGCUGGCAAAGUGUCUUCUACCUGUCCGGCGGCCUCACCCUGCUGUGGGUGUAUUACGUGUACAGGUACCUGCUGAGUGAACAAGAUCUCAUCCUGGCCUUGGGCGUUUUGGCGCAAGGCCUGCCCGUGGCCCGGCACAGUAGGGUGCCCUGGAGACAGCUCUUCAGGAAGCCUUCCAUCUGGGCAGCCAUCUUCUCCCAGCUGUCGGCGGCCUGUUCCUUCUUCAUCCUGCUGUCCUGGUUGCCGACCUUCUUUAAGGAGACAUUCCCCAGCUCCAAGGGCUGGGUCUUCAACGUGGUGCCCUGGCUGGUAGCAAUUCCAGCCAGUGUGUUGAGCGGGUUUCUCUCUGACCAUCUCAUCAGUCAGGGUUACAGAACCAUCACCGUGCGGAAGUUCAUGCAGGUGAUGGGCCUGGGCUUGUCCAGUGUUUUUGCCCUGUGUUUGGGCCACACCUCGAGCUUUUGUAAGUCUGUGUUCUUCGCGUCAGCCUCCAUUGGCCUCCAGACCUUCAACCACAGCGGCGUUUCCGUUAACAUCCAGGACCUGGCGCCAUCCUGCGCUGGCGUUCUCUUUGGUGUGGCCAACACAGCUGGGGCCUUGGCAGGUGUUGUGGGCGUGGGCCUGGGGGGUUACCUGAUCGAAACCACGGGCUCUUGGACAUCCAUGUUCAAUCUGGUGGCCGCCGUCAGCAGCCUGGGGCUGUGUACCUUCCUGAUGUUCGGAAAGGCCCAGCGGGUGGACCUGAGCCCCGCCCGUGAGGACCUCUAGUGGCCCGGCCCUCGGCCGCCUGAGGACCUGGCACCAGCAGCCUCCGGACGACGGGCUCUCUUGAUGAGCUGUUGCUCUUGCCCCAAAUGUGUGCAAGAGGAGAGAGUGAGCCUCAGCUGAGUGUGUGUGUGUGUGUGUGUGUGUGUGUGUGUGUAUGGAGGGACGGGGCCGGGGCCAGGCCGCCGCCCAGCCUCAGGUGCCCCCGCUGUUGGGCACAGUGCCCUCCUCUCAGGGUUGGUGGGACUGUCGGCUGAGUGGAGUCAGUGUUUUCAGUGGCAGCAGUUUCGUGACAUACACGGUCUGUUCCAUGUGGUCAGAUGUGUCCCUGCUGUCGGCCUGCCUCUGCAUCGCUGAGGGGCUGGAUUGCAUUCGCCCCCCAAACCUGCUUCGCUUUGUUUCUUGAUGACCCUCCCCCCCGGCCAUGACCAUCAACACCGUCUCCUGACAUCACCAGUGCCCCCCCAGGGACUCCCUCCCAGUGAGGACCACGGCUCUACAUGAAGUCUGUUGGAUGGGUGGGCUAUGGGCACCAGCCCUUUGGCCAUCAUUUGGGGACACCCUACCCCAGCAUCCCCCUCCCAUGGAUCCCUGGGCACUAACAAUGUGUUCUGCUUCUCUGGCACCUGGUGACCAGCUGUGA